AUGGCUUCUUUGCCCGAUAUUGACACUCUAACCCAUUCGUCUGAAGAGGAGCAGACUGAGAUCCUCGAUGCCCUCUUUGAGCCGAGUCCAGCGAUCCAUGCACUCAUCCUGCCCUCCAUCUCGGCCGCUUCGUUCCAAUCUUACGACGAACUUAUCACACACUGCCAUAAAACCUUUCAAGCGCUCAUAGACGACCCUGCCCACAAGGCGGAACUGCACUCUAUCAUCAGCUCGCAUCCUCGACUCGGUGCCAAGAAGGUGGAGAGCGCUCAGUCCGCCGCAGAGCAGGCGCAGCUACAGAGUGGAGAUGCCACUGAGCUGGCUGCUCUGAAUGCUGAGUACGAGGCCAAGUUCCCCGGCCUGCGUUACGUCGUCUUCGUCGACGGCAGAGGACGUCCAGAAAUCAUGGCAAACAUGCGCGAACGUAUCUCACGAGGCGACUUGGCGCUGGAGGAGCGCGCUGCUGUACAAGCCAUGUGCGACAUUGCUAGAGAUCGAGCUGCAAAGCUGCAGGCCACCUCGCGGUGA